AUGGAGGAAAAUGAAGAGCAGGUCUCUACACCUGCAACAGGGGAUGCUACGGCGAAGUAUCUACUACAGUAUAUCUUGUCAGCAAGAGGCAUUUGUCAUGAAAACGCUUUGAUUCUAGCUCUAAUGAGAUUGGAAACUGAUGCUUCAAGAUUUAAUGGGAAAUGGUCGACACAGCAGUGGAUUGAUAAAUUAAAUGGUUGUAUAAACGCUAUAAACGUAAAACUGAACCUUUUGGGUUAUAAAAUCAUUCGGAUCAACCAUGGGAUUGGUAGAAACGCAGUAGCUUUAAGGAACAAACAGAACCUCGGUCCCUUUGAAGAGAAUACUGAAAUAGGAGGCCAUGGUAAUAGUUUUACAGAUUCGCAGCCAAUGAUACUUCCAGAGAGUAACCGAUUUUUCGUAUAUAUUAACUUAGCAUCCACUGAGGAGACCAAGUUAGCCACGAGGUUCAAUCAAAACGAGAUCGAGUUUAUUAAAUGGGCCAUUGAGCAGUUCAUGAUCAAUGGUGAAGCUGUUAUCGAAGAUAUGGCAUCUGACACUUCAGUAAUCGUGAGGGAGAUUAACCGUAUUCUCGUAGCGGCAACGGACGACUCUAAUUUCACCAAAUGGCGAAAGUUCAGUACAUUUACUGUAGGGUCUACCGCUCUUCUCCAAUUCGAGGGCCUGACGGCUACGGAAAUUGAAGAUUUAUUACUUCGAUUAUGCGAAUACAAAUGGUUUUACAGAACUAAGGAGGGGAAAUUCGGUAUUGACCUCCGCUGCAUAGCAGAACUGGAAGAGUACUUGACAUCCAUGUACAAUUUGAACACUUGCCAAAAUUGCCACAAAUUAGCUAUCCAAGGUGUCAGGUGCGGGAACGAAUCUUGUCGAAAGGAAGACGAGGAAACAGGAGAAAGCAGUCCGCCCCAAAUUUGGCAUGUUGAUUGUUUUAAGCAUUAUAUUACGCAUGUAAGCAAGAAUUGUGAUCGCUGUGGUUCAUUGCUAAUCACAGAGGGUGUAUACGUUCUUUAA